UGGGUGGUGUUAGUAUGCGUCUGUUUCAACUCCCAGCCUGACAGAAUUUGUGUUUUUUUUUUGUGUGUGUGUGUGUAACCACGCCUACACAGUGGCUGCCAAGGCUUAUCCAUGAGUUAAACCUUCUUUAAUUGGUAAUGAGGAAGGCGUGGGCUCUAGCAGUGGACACCCGAAGGCAGCAGUGGGUGAAAACAAGCAAAAUACAGAAAAGUUUGGCUGUGAGAAGGUGCUAGACAGCCAGCCAUAGUGACGAGGAGGCAGGAACGUACAUCACUACCACCACCACCACCACCACCAUCACCACCAUAGGGAAGUGAGAGAUGGGGAGGAGGAUUUAAAAGGACAUGUUUGCAGUGCGCUGUCAGCCCUCACCUGCGCCGCCUCCCCCAGUGAGCGGGUGUAGGCCUGGGAAUAGAACAUAUGCAGACGUCUUGGCAGUGCUGUGUAUGUCUGUUUGUCGAUGGUCAAGAAGGAACGUAGCAAAAGUUUAAGAUGAUGCUAGUGAUUCCACCUGGUGGCGGCGAUAUUUUUGUCGAAAAGUCCGUUAUGGAAAAGAUGCCAUUUCUCUGCCUGUUUUGCAUAGGGACGUGGAACCAUCAACAGAGGGUACGAACAUCUUUAUGCUUGAAAUGUCCUGCAAUCCCCGCCCGCUCUACCGAUCAUGGUGCGGCCUGGAGAGCUGGGCACUACAAAACCGCCGGAGUGGUGUGUGGCUGGUGAUGCUUGGGACUGCAGUGGACUCCACCGACGGCUUGCUUCUGGCUCUAAAACAAACCUAUCCUAAUCUACACGUGGUCACCGUGGACCUGGAAUGGUUAUUCAGGGACCUGCCCACAAAUAACUUGUUUUCCUCAGGCCAGUGGGUUGACUCCACGUGGCCGGCCAAGAGUCUCAGCAACAUGGUGCGUUUGGCAGUGGUGUGGCAUUAUGGCGGCUUUUACGCGGACUUCGACACUGUCUGCCUGCGCCCAACCGAACACCUCAGAAACGUGGUUGGCAGCCAAAGUGCGGAGUAUGUCAACAACGCAAUUUUUCACUUCGACCGUCAUCACCCGUUUGUUCAUCAAAAUAUGGAACGACAAAACAUGAAUUUUAACGGAGCACUGUUGAACGUCAAUGGAGUAAACAUAAUGUCCAACACAGCUAAAAUGGCUUGCAACACCAGUAACUUUGAUGAGCUGGUGGCACAGGGCAGAGGGCUGUGUCAGGGCUUCAGAGUGCUGCCUCAGUCUGCAUUCUAUCCUGUGUCUUGGGAGAACUGGAGAGACAUAUUUCGUUCUGGCGCUGGCCCAAAUCUUAUGAAGGAGCUGAAUAGCAGUUUUGUCUUACAUGCCUGGAAUGUGUUCAGCGCUGCGAACCCAGUAAGAGUUGGGACAAGAACACUCUAUGAUUUGGUCUCAUCUGCCUACUGUCCCAUUACCAAGAGGAGAGUAGUUGACGAGGCAAGGGUGUGGGACUCGCUUUAUUAAUUGUCCCUUCCACAACCAUUGACAUAACAGAGGUGGAGGUUGGGAGGCGGCGACCUUAGCAAGACAGAAAAAAAAGUACCACUGAGUAAUCUCCCUUCCUAUCUUGCCCUUUAUGUAAUACUCAUAUAUAUAUAU